AAGAAAAACAAGUGUUAGAGCCAGCUGACUGAUGUAAACACGUUGGGCAGGUGAGUGCCUGUUCCUGCUGCCUGGAGCUGUUGCCUGGAGCUGUUGCCUGGAGCCUGGCGUUGACAGGUUCUGGAUCGCCACAAGGGGCAGUUUAGAAGCUUGCUUUCUACUCUUAUAAUAAAAUUUGAAGACGAAACAUAAUGCAGUUGCAGACUUUGAUUGGUUUAACAAGGGUGUCUGUCAGCAUUUGGCCUAAAGCUGCAGGUGUAAUGAGACAUUUCUUGCAAGCAAACAUGAAAUCACCACAACUAAUGUACAGUUUCAUGCGUCCAUAUAGUGGUGGUGACUUGAAGAUUUAUACAAGAACUGGGGAUAAAGGAACCACGAAUCUUUAUUCAGGGGAACGUCAACGAAAAGAUGGCCCCUUCUUCAAGGCUUUGGGGACAACUGAUGAACUUUCUUCUCAUAUUGGGCUGGCUAAAGAGUACGCAGCAGAAAAAAAGCACGAGUAUGCUGACCAGUUGGAGAGGAUUCAGUGCAUCCUUCAGGAUAUUUCCAGCCUUCUUGCCACACCACGACCACAGUAUGCUACUGAUGACCCAGAGAGAGAGACGCGCAUACGAGAGAGGCUGUCAUUCAAUCCACGCCACAUAAUAGAGUUAGAAGAAUGGAUAGACAAGUAUAGUUCUGUACUUCCACCUCUCACCAAUUUCAUUUUGCCAGGCGGUGGGCGGGUGAGUGCAUCUUUGCAUGUUGCACGCACAGUGUGUCGACGAGCCGAGCGAACCAUCGUUCCCCUUAUCUUUGAGGGUUUAAUUGAUGAGCAAAUUAUUAUCUAUAUUAACAGACUAAGUGACUACCUAUUCACUGUGGCAAGAUAUGCAUCUUUCCUGGAUGGCAAUAAAGAAACCAUAUAUAUCCGACCCCAACCACACAAAUCAAGGAAAGACGACAGGAGAAUUUCCGAGAACCAAGAAAUAAUUAGAAAUGAUGGUUGAGUGUAAUUUAACACUGAUGAACUUCCCGACAAUGAAUUUUAAGUAUCAAAAUACAGUAGUUAAUCAGUAUAUAUAUGCAUAAAUAAGUACUAUACCAAAAUAAUGGACAAUAGUAUUUUUUGUAAUGUUUAGUAUGAAUGCAAAUAUCUAUUAUAUAUAGUAUCAUACAAUAUACUGUACACUUUAUUGUGCUUUAUCCAGAUUAGUAUUAAUUAUAUUAUGCAGUUAACAUUGAACAUUAUUAAUAAUUUACCUUAAAAUAUUAAAUUCAAUAUUGUACUGUAAUACAGUAAUAUUAUUUGCCUUUAUUCCCAUUAGUUCUAUUUUAUUAAAUAUUAUAAUGUGUAAGUCCAGAAUGAAAUACAGUACUGUUCUUUACUUAUACACCACCAUACUUUUUCUGAUUUAAAGAUAUUAGUUUAGAUUAGACUGAUUUUGUGAUUCUCUCGCUCUCUCUUGUUCUUAGUAUUGUACAUAGUGUAUAUUUGUUCUCUGUAAAAUUGACCUCAUAAAGCUUUAACUUAA